AUGUCGCCAAUUGUUCAGUAUACAGAGAAACCUGCCAGCGGGUCUCAGUCGCAGUUUCAGCCAGGCCAUAGGAUCCCGAUUCAGCAUCUAACAAAACCGGGCCUGCAGGCCGACAUGGAGGACCCUAAACCUGUCUCCGAUUACAUCCCAACCGAGGAUGGAGGGUAUCAACUCUACAAGGCUGCCGGUAAACUCGAAGGAAAAAAGGCCAUCAUCACGGGGGGUGACUCCGGCAUUGGACGAGCCACUGCGAUUCUCUUUGGUAUGGAGGGCGCAUCAAGCUUAAUUAUUUACCUUCCUGAGGAGGAGAAAGAUGCACAGGAGACGAAAAAAAGAGUGGAGGAAACGGGGCAGCAGUGUCACUGUCUGGCUAUCGAUAUUAGGGCGAAAGAAAAUUGCAGGAAGGUGAUUGAUACGGCCGUUCAAACCAUGGGCGCUGUCGAUAUACUGGUCAACAAUGCGGCCUUUCAAAACAUGCUAAGCGAUAUUAGCGAGCUUGACGAAGAGCAGUGGGAGCGGACCUUCGACACCAACAUUCACUCGUUCUUCUACCUUUCCAAGUAUGUUCUCCCCCACAUGAAACGCGGAUCGACCAUCAUCAAUUGUGCAUCGGUGAAUCCUUAUAUUGGCCGGGGUGACCUUUUGGACUAUACCUCGACCAAAGGGGCCAUUGUGGCCUUCACCCGAGCGCUGUCAAACCAGCAAAUAAAGAAAGGUAUUCGGGUCAACUGUGUCUGCCCGGGUCCCAUCUGGACCCCUUUAAUCCCGUCGACGAUGCACACCAGUGCAAUGGAACAAUUCCACGCUGUACCCAUCGGUCGACCAGGACAGCCAAGCGAGGCUUUCCCGUGGGAUACCAAGAAUCCAGCCCGCGUUAUCACAGUCUCGUACAAUUCCGGGUUCUACGUUUUACCUCGCUACAAGGGGAAACUGCGGUAUGUCGCUGAUGCAUUUCUACAUUUGCAGGCCACGCUCAGGAACCGCCGCAUCUGA